AUGGCUUCUGCUAUGGUGGGCAUGAUGGAGGCCAUGCCAGCCUCCAGUCCUCCCCCGGUAGAAGGAGACUUCAACAGUGUUCGGUGGAGCGGCAAUGGUGGCAGUAGCCAGAGCUCUCAAGUUGCAAGUGGCAAAGAGUCCAUCGGAAGGUUUGCGUGGCCUCCCCGGACCCCGCCCCUCGCCCCUCGCCACCUCCCUGUAGGGAGCGGAGCCCACGGCGUCCAGGGGAAGGCGAGGCCGAAGGCUCUCUCGUGGCCAAUGGCCGGGCUUCCGAGCCCCGCCGACUCCUCCCUACCGCGCCCGGCGGGGGCUAGGGGAAGGCUCCGGCGGGCGGCCAUGAUUCUGGCGCACGUCUGCGGAUCGACCCAGUGCAAGAAAAGUUCUAGAACAGCAAGACAGCAUCUUUCAGCUUCAUUUGUCAGAGCAACAUAUACACCUCCACAUCAGUUCAUCUCCACGUUAGCUGGUUUUCCUGCACGUUUUCUCUAUCAAAGCAAAGAAUUUGGAAAGCUGAAAACAUUGUUGUUCGUUCAGCCUAAGCAAAGAAGCCAAGAAAAUCUCAGAGAGCUUCAACUAUGUCUGAAGAAUAGGUCAUUUCACAGUUUGCCAAAUGAAGUACAGCUUCAACUUUGCCAGACCACAAUCUAUCAAGAGUGUGGCGGCCCCAGUUUCCUGACUGUGGUGGAGACAAAGUGGUUCUGGGAUCUGCCCAGCAUUUUCAUCAAAGUUAUUCCUCAGAAGUACUCUGAUUUCUAUAUUUGUCAGGUUGGAGCAGUUGUAGCUAUCUACUAA